GGUAGUUUCUCGGCGAGGCUCUUUAUCGGCGGAGCCGCCCCCGGCCCCUCCCCGCUGGAGCGGCCGGUGCGGGCGAUGGCGGGGGGCGGCGGGGCGAGCGGGCGAGCGGGGCUGCUGGCCCUGCUGGCCCUGCUGCUGCUGCUCGGCGGGGCGCGGGGCUUCGGCGACGAGGAGGAGCGGCGCUGCGACGCCAUCCGCAUCGCCAUGUGCCAGAACCUGGGCUACAACGUCACCAAGAUGCCCAACCUGGUGGGGCACGAGCUGCAGGCUGACGCCGAGCUGCAGCUCACCACCUUCACCCCCCUCAUCCAGUACGGCUGCUCCAGCCAGCUCCAGUUCUUCCUUUGUUCGGUCUAUGUCCCAAUGUGCACAGAGAAGAUUAACAUCCCCAUAGGUCCCUGUGGUGGCAUGUGUCUCUCUGUCAAAAGAAGAUGUGAACCCGUUUUAAAAGAAUUUGGAUUUGCCUGGCCAGACAGCCUAAACUGCAGUAAAUUCCCACCCCAGAAUGAUCACAACCACAUGUGCAUGGAGGGCCCAGGAGAUGAAGAGGUUCCCCUUCAUAGCAAGACCUCCUUGCAGCCUGGAGAAGAGUGUCACAGCAUGGGAUCUAACUCGGAUCAAUACAUAUGGGUGAAGAGAAGCCUGAACUGUGUCCUGAAGUGUGGCUACGACGCUGGUCUCUACAGCAGGUCAGCUAAGGAAUUCACAGAUAUCUGGAUGGCCGUGUGGGCCAGUCUUUGCUUCAUCUCGACUGCCUUCACAGUCCUGACCUUCCUGAUUGAUUCAUCCAGAUUUUCCUACCCGGAGCGCCCAAUCAUAUUUUUGAGCAUGUGCUACAAUAUUUAUAGCAUUGCUUAUAUUGUGAGGCUAACUGUGGGCCGGGAAAGGAUAUCCUGUGAUUUUGAAGAGGCAGCAGAACCUGUUCUUAUCCAAGAAGGUCUUAAGAACACAGGAUGUGCUAUAAUUUUCUUGCUCAUGUAUUUUUUUGGGAUGGCUAGCUCCAUCUGGUGGGUUAUUCUCACAUUGACGUGGUUUCUGGCUGCAGGACUCAAAUGGGGCCAUGAAGCUAUAGAAAUGCACAGCUCUUAUUUUCAUAUCGCAGCCUGGGCUAUCCCCGCGGUGAAGACCAUUGUCAUUUUGAUUAUGAGACUAGUAGACGCAGAUGAGCUCACCGGUCUGUGCUACGUUGGGAACCAGAACCUAGAUGCACUGACGGGCUUUGUUGUCGCUCCGCUUUUUACCUACCUGGUCAUAGGGACUUUAUUCAUUGCAGCGGGACUUGUGGCCUUGUUUAAGAUUAGAUCUAAUCUUCAGAAAGAUGGAACUAAAACCGACAAACUGGAAAGGCUGAUGGUCAAAAUCGGUGUCUUUUCGGUGCUGUACACUGUACCAGCAACAUGUGUCAUCGCUUGUUAUUUUUAUGAAAUCUCCAACUGGGCCAUCUUCCGCUAUUCAGCAGAUGAUUCCAACAUGGCAGUGGAGAUGCUCAAAAUAUUCAUGUCCCUCCUGGUGGGUAUUACAUCAGGUAUGUGGAUCUGGUCAGCCAAAACUCUGCACACAUGGCAGAAGUGUUCCAACAGACUGGUGAACUCGGGGAAAGUGAAACGAGAGAAGAGAGCAGAUGGUUGGGUAAAACCUGGGAAAGGGAAUGAGACCGUGGUAUGAGAAAAAGAUGGCACCUCGAUGGUCUGACUACUCUUCCCUGAAGGACUGAUUGUGUGUAAGCAUUGCUAUGUAAAUGUUGGGAUUUAGAGUAGGGAGAGGGUUACACAACCUGUCUCUGGGAGCUGGAAAAAGAAGCCUUAAAAGAAUAACCAGCAAAAAGAUCAUGCUGCAAAUACAAUAGCCAUAAACCAUGAUGCCCAAAAUAGGAAAGCCCAGGGAGGCUUUAAAGCUGUGAAAUAUCCAAACAUGUUAUCUAUCUUUUUUUUUUUUUUUUUUAAAGCAAGAUGCAAUAUAUUUACUUUCAGAGCUGAAGCCCGCAACUGUGGGAUGCUGUUUCCUUUUCAUUGUCUUACAGCUGAUGGAGGAAAGGUGAUCUGGGGCCAGAUUCUGCUCUGAUUUAGGGCUCAGUUAUCAGAAGAUGGAGCACCUGGGAUCUCAAUUAGAUAUUUUUCUGAAUUCAGCAUCGUGAAGGAAGCACUUGCCAAGGGUUAUGUCUUUAUGCCCUGAGGAAUUCUGUUGCUCUCAUACGCUGCACAAGUCAGCCAAGGAUCAGGUCUUCCAACAGAUACUGAGUGGACUUUGCAGGUUUGAAAGUUACCCAUAAUGAACAGGAUUAAGUAAGGUAUUGGUGAGGAUGAUGGCCUAAUACUAAUUUUGACUCAUUCUUUUUUCUUGUCUGUAACCUAGUCUGAAUUGAGAGUUGGGUCUGCCCUGAACAGCAAUUUGGACAUUCCUAGGUUCCUUCCCAGCUGAAUUAUUCUGUGGUUCUAUAAAUAUUUCUGAUUUUUUAAAAGCUUUACUGAAAGCCGAUUUCAGAAGUAGAGGAGUCAAUGGGAGCUGGGAAACUGUGUAUGGCCUUCUUCAUCAAUUAUUGUUCUCCAUCUGCUUUCAUUUAUGUCCCUUCAGGUGCUCCUGCUAUUUCCAGUGGACAACUUUACUCUGCUGCAUAUAAUAGCUUUAAAUAAAGUCUUACAUUAUAGUGUUCCUUCCGCCAGGAAUGAGAAAAAUUAGUUGAGGGCUUCUUCAAACAAUGCCAGUUUUCUCCAAGUAAACUUAUCUGUAUCUCUCUGGAGACUCAUUGCAUGAAACAAUUAAGUCUUAAUAUAUUUCAUUCAGUGUGAUGGUAUCUCUGCAGACGCCAGUCUGGGGAGAAGCGAAAUGUUAAGUUCCUUGGCAACCUCAUGUUCACACAGAUCAGUUGUAUAAUUAUGUGUGUCAGUUGCAAUUAAAAGAACAUUCUCAGCCCAUGACAUCGCAGUACAGCUGACUGCCGCACAACGAUGUUCCUAUUGCUCACUGACGGCUUUGGAGGCUUGUUGUUUUUUUUUUUUUUUUUUAAUCUAUAUUAACAUGCAGAAUGUGAUCAGACAUUCAGUCCACAGGAACGACAAGAGAUUUCCAGUUUUUGUAAAGAGUUUCCAAGAGAAGAGACUCAGCUUCUCGGUGAAUAAUGUUGUUUCAUAGCAGCUGUUGAGUUUUCUUAUUCUUUUAUUUGAGGAGGCAUCUUCUUGUUCUCCUGGGGAGCUUGAACCUUGUGUUGGUGGCUUGUCUGGCUAAUACGAAAGGUGAUGCAAAUAGAAAUAGCCUAGAAGCUCUUAAGUGAACACUGUUCCAAUGCUCUGUCCCUUUGAAGGAUGUUCAGUUUUAUUGGUGUGCCCUGAACUUUUGCUUCAUUUGUUUGUGUGGAACCUGGUCAGCUGUGGAGCGCCCUCCAGGUGCCCCAACUCACAUGACCUUUGAGGGCAGCUGAGAACAGGCACUGCUUUAUUACAGUCCUCGCUUUUCACACAGGUGCCUCAUGUGCUUCUGAAACCACAAUUCAUUCCAGCUCUAGCCGUGAGUGCUAAUCUGUCCCAGAAGCGUGUAUUGUUUCUAUGUCAAUGUUGUAACAUGUGCUAGAGCACAUUUUUAAAAGAAAAAAAAACCCAAACAAACCCUAAUUGCAGUCUUUGUGGUUGGGUUCCCUCUCUGGCAGAACAAGUGACAACUUGACACAUUCUGCUAAAGACGCACAAGCGUUGUCUUGGCUGAUGCCACAUACCAGCUGAGCCAUUUCAUCUUCCCCGUAAAGUCUCUUGCCAUUAGGGUUGUGUUUGGAUCUGAUUAUUCCUCUGUGGACAAGUUGUUCUGCAAGUGGGAGAUCUUCAGAUGGCCGAGCUUCUCCAUUAUGCAGACUUUCUCCCAGUGCAGAGGGUGUAAAGCCAGCAGCAAUAUGUUGACUGUCAAAGGGUGAUGACACAGUAUGAGCCAUGUCUUGUAAUGUAGCAUUGGGCUGUGUCAAGGUAUCAUGUUCAUUCAAGUGUCCUUCACUCUGAAACAGUUUGGGUACUCCUCUGGCUAUCUGACCCAUGUUUGGCCUGACUGAUUCAAUAAAUGGCAUUUUUAACCAUGUUAUGUACACAGAAGUGCGUAAGUAGUACCUUGUUAUCAGAUCAAUGCAUCUCUGCCAGUGACUCUGUGAACUGUGAUAGAUUGUUGGCCCCAGUGAUAUGAGAUGUUGGAAGAGAGUUGGGUGAGGAUGUGUGGCCCUAUGAGGGACCUGGGGGGAUUUUCCAUUAAAGAGUAUGAGGGACUUAAACAGGAUGGGAAGGAGGUGGGCUGGGGAGAGACAUCAGCUGCUAUUCCAGAAGGAACAUCUUUCCCAAGCAUUCAGGGGGAUGUUAUACAAACCCAAAGUGAAAUUAGCUGUUGUAGAGAUGAAAUGGUUCCAUAAAUGUAUUCAUCCACAUGCAUUUACCUUAUUCUGUUUUGGGGCUGUAUGGGUGGGAAGUCACAGCAGAUAGACAGCCUCAAACCUGGCAGUUGUGAAGAGCAGGUUUCUGCAACUCGCUCGUUUCAACAUUGUUAUGAAUGUAAAGCCAAAAAAUGUGUGACUAAUCCUGCCUCGGAAGUGCAGUUGCUGCGGUUAUACAACUAAAAACUUUGCUGUGAUUGCCUUCCUUGCGCAGUUCCCGCUCCCUUCUUCCCCUCUGGCGUGUGCUCUUCUCACUGCAGAUUUUGGAAGCAUCUGCUGGAGAGGUGCAAGCUAAGCUUUUACAUUAAACUGACAAGUUAGUUUCUUUUUCUGAAUUUUAAGGAAAUAGACACUGAUUAUUUUGGGGUGUACAGAAAAUAUAUCUACUUCGAUGUAUGUACUGUAAAUUUCUAAUUUAUCACUGUAAAAAAAACCCAAGAACUUUGCUAUUUAAUUUUUAUAUCAAAAUAAAAUUUUAA